AUGAAAACGGUAACUAUCCGAUAUUUAGUGGUGAAUGCUCAGUCAUCCUACAAUAUACUUAUCGGCCGACCUACACUGAACAAGCUGGGAGCCAUAGUGUCAACAUCACAUCUGAAGGUGAAAUACCCAUUGCCGAAUGGGGUUGUCGGGGUCCUCAAAGUAGAUCAAGAGGUCGCCCGAAAGUGUUACGAGGACAGUCUGAAGGCAAGAAGGCGAUUAUAUACCGCUCCAGCUGAGAAGCACAUCCAUUCCGUCGAACUGGACCCUAGAAUGGAUUUCUUGUGCCACAAACUUGCUAUAGACCCUAGUGCGAAGGUGGUGAUCCAGAAGAGAAGGAAGUUCGACGAGGAGAAACGAAGGGCUAUCGCGGAAGAGACGCAAAAGUUGGUAAUGGCAGGACAUAUCCGGGAAAUCCAGUAUUCAAUCUGGUUGGCGAAUGUAGUCAUGGUGCGCAAGAGUAGCGGGAAGUGGAGAAUGUGUACGGAUUUUACCGACCUGAAUAAGGCCUGCCCCAAAGACUCGUACCCAUUGCCAAACAUAGACUGCCUGGUGGAUGGAGCGUCGGGAUACGAGUUGCUGAGCUUUAUGGAUUCUUACUCGGGGUACAACCAAAUCCGAAUGCACCCGGCAGAUGAGGACAAAACCGCCUUCAUAGCCGAUCAAGCCAAUUUCUGCUACAGGGUUAUGCCAUUCGGUCUAAAGAACGCGGGGGAGACCUAUCAGCGACUGAUGGACAAAGUCCUUGUGAAUCAGCUAGAUCGGAAUGUGGAAGCUUAUGUGGACGACAUGGUGGUGAAGUCAGAAAGCGUCAAUCGGCAUUUCGACGACUUGCAAGAGUUGUUCGACACUAUCGGCAAGUACCAGCUCAAAUUGAAUCCCGAAAAGUGCUCUUUCGGGGUCCAAGCAGGAAAGUUCCUCGGUUUCCUACUGACUCACCGUGGCAUUGAAGCAAACCCUGACAAGGUGCUCGGCCAUCAUCAACAUGAGGAGUCUUUCCACGCAUCCGACCGAGCAGUCAGUUCGAUUCUUGUACAGGAACAAGAAGGUUUACAAGCUCCUAUUUACUUCGUGAGCAGGGUCCUACAGGGAGCAGAGACGAGGUACCAGAAGAUUGAAAAGCUAGCCCUCGCAAUACUAGUUACCGCGAGGAAUUUGAGGCACUAUUUUCAGAGCUACGAGGUGGUAAUCCGAACUGACCAUCCGAUUCGCCAAGUCCUGCAGAAACCCGAUCUGGCAGGUAGAAUGAUGAAGUGGUCGGUCGAGCUCUCAGAAUUCUCCAUCAAGUAUGAGCCGAGAGGAGCGAUCAAAGCUCAAGCUUUAGCCGACUUCUUGAUGGAGUUGACCCCUCCGGUUGAGGAGGGCUCAGCCGGAGAAACCCAAUGGAUUCUAUCAGUAGACGGUGCUUCGAAUCUAGGAGGAAGUGGAGCUGGAAUUGUCUUGGAAGGCCCGGGGGGAAUACUACUAGAGCAGUCAUUACGAUUUGAGUUUCGGGCAAGCAACAACCAAGCCGAGUACGAGACGUUGUUAGCAGGGAUGAGUUUGGCAAAGGAGAUGGGGGCGACGAGCUUAUCAGCUAGAAGCGACUCCCAGCUGAUCACCGGACAAGUGGCUGGAACCUUCCAAGCGAAGGAUCCUCAAUUGGCCAAGUACUUGGAAAAGGUCAAACUUCUAUCGGAAAACUUCCGAGAGUUCACACUCAACCACGUACCACAAGAGAAAAACUCGCGGGCUGAUCUGCUCUCCAAGCUCGCAAGCACAAAGAAGCCAGGAGCCACUCGGUCAGUUAUCCAAGAAACUUUAUCUCAGCCAAGUAUCAAUACUCCACAGGAAAGUGUUCUUUUCAUCCAAGAAGAACUCGAUUCGUGGAUGGGACUGUAUAUUGCGUACCUGACAAAGGGAGAGUUGCCAGAGUAUAAGAGGGAGGCAUCAUUGAUACAAAGGGAGUCAGCCAGAUUUGUGGUCAUCAAUGAGAGAUUAUAUCAAAGGGGUUUCAGCAGUCCCCUUUUGAGAUGUUUGACCACAUCGCAAGCGCAAAGAAUGAUGGAUGAAGUGCAUGGUGGCAUGUGUGGAAGCCAUAUCGGAGGACGAGCACUAGUAUACAAAGUUGCGAGGGCAGGCUUCUUUUGGCCAACUCUGAGAAAUGACUGUGUCAAUUGGGUUCAAAAGUGCGAUGGAUUGAGACAGUUGAAAUUCUUGAUAGUGGCUGUAGACUACUUCAGCAAAUGGAUUGAAGCAGAGCCUGUAGCAACUAUUUCGGCGGAGAAGGUAAGGACAUUUUUAUGGAAGAAUGUAGUAUGCAGAUAUGUCGUUCCCCAAGUCCUCGUAUCAGAUAACGGGACGCAAUUCGCGAGUGGGAGAGUCCGCGAAUUUUGUUGA